AUGUGUUCCCAGGGGGCGGGGCUGCAGACGGUCAGACCUCUGUACCCCUCAGACCCCUGUACCCCUCAGACCCCUCAGACCCCUGUACCCCUCAGACCCCUGUACCCCUCAGACCCCUCAGACCUCUGUACCCCUCAGACCUCUGUACCCCUCAGACCCCUGUACCCCUCAGACCCCUCAGACCUCUGUACCCCUCAGACCUCUGUACCCCUCAGACCCCUGUACCCCUCAGACCCCUCAGACCUCUGUACCCCUCAGACCCCUGUACCCCUCAGACCCCUCAGACCUCUGUACCCCUCAGACCCCUGUACCCCUCAGACCCCUCAGACCCCUGCACCCCUCAGACCUCUGUACCCCUCAGACCUCUGUACCCCUCAGACCCCUGUACCCCUCAGACCCCUGUACCCCUCAGACCCCUCAGACCCCUGCACCCCUCAGACCCCUGUACCCCUCAGACCCCUGUACCCCUCAGACCUCUGUACCCCUCAGACCCCUGUACCCCUCAGACCUCUGUACCCCUCAGACCCCUGUACCCCUCAGACCUCUGUACCCCUCAGACCCCUCAGACCCCUGCACCCCUCAGACCCCUGUACCCCUCAGACCCCUGUACCCCUCAGACCCCUGUACCCCUCAGACCUCUGUACCCCUCAGACCCCUCAGACCCCUGCACCCCUCAGACCUCUGUACCCCUCAGACCCCUGUACCCCUCAGACCUCUGUACCCCUCAGACCCCUGUACCCCUCAGACCUCUGUACCCCUCAGACCCCUGUACCCCUCAGACCUCUGUACCCCUCAGACCCCUCAGACCCCUGCACCCCUCAGACCUCUGUACCCCUCAGACCCCUGUACCCCUCAGACCCCUUCACUGUUUCCGCUCCACCGUCCUCUUUUGUUCCAGACUGA